CUGAGAGUGACAAAAUAAAAGCCGUCAGAGCGUGAGGCAGAUAUAUGUGGGAACUGUCAGUGUGUUUACGUGGAAUAAACCAAGUCAAGACACGUUUCAAACAGUCACCAUGAAACUGAUACCAAGGAGAGCCACAGGAGCUUCAUGGAGCUGCUUAACCCUGGCUUUUCUCUUGGUGCUGUGUUGCUGUCACAUAGUCAUAAUUCUUGGCCAAAAGUCUGAGUCUGCCUUAACUGUGGUGGAGAAUACAGAAGAAGAUGAUGGAGUUGUUGGUGAUGAAGAAGAGGAGGUGGCAGUUGAUGAAGAUGGUGGAAAUUUAGAGGUGGUCCAGCCUACUGAAGAAUGGCAAACACUCAAACCAGGCCAGGCAGUGCCAGCAGGUUCCCAUGUGAGGCUGAAUCUGCAGACAGGUCAGAGGGAGGUCAGGCUGGGUGAAGAGAAGCUCAAAUACUGGACCCAGGAACACAGGGAGAAAGAAGAGAUCCAGUCCCUUUUCAAUCCUGAUGAACUGAAACAGGCCUUGAAGAAGAUGAAGGAGGACCUGAAUCCAGUGAGCAAAGACACAGACCAACAGGACUCCGUGGCAUCCAGGUUUCGUCCCAUAGAGGAGUUAAAGAGAGACUUGGCUCAGCUGGACCUGCAGGUGGAGACGGAUGUUCAGAUAAUGAGGCAGCUGCUGGACCAGUUUAACAGCAGCAAGUCGACCACAGAGCAGAAGCUGAGCAUCCUGCAGGAGCUGGAGUAUCUGGUACAUCAGGUGGAUAACGCUCAGACCCUUUGUUCGAUGGGGGGUCUCCAGCUUGUUCUAGAUGGUCUGAACAGCUCAGACUUCAGGUUACAGGAAAACUCUGCCUUUGUUUUGGGAUCUGCUGUUUCCAGUAACCCGGCGGUCCAGGUGAAGGUUGUGGAGGGCGGGGCUCUUCAGACGCUCCUAACCAUACUAGCCACUACACAGCCACUCAGAGUCAAAAAGAAGGUUCUGUUUGCAGUGGCCUCCCUCUUACGGAACUUCCCUUACGCACAGCGCCACUUCCUGUCACAUGGAGGGCUGCAGGUCCUUUCAGAGCUGUUCAGGGCAGAUGGUGGCGGAGUUCUGCGAACACGCAUUGUCACCAUGUUAUAUGAUAUGAUCAGUGAGAAGGAGCUGAUCUCACAGGCAGGUCUGGACCCGAUGCUGGAUGCCUCCCAUGAGGAGCGGGUGCGUCAGUAUGCCAGGGUGUCUCUGCAGGGGGAGCUGCUGGAGAAGGGCUGGUGCAGUCUGGUCCCACAGCUGCUGGAGUCCACUGAGCAUGACUACAGAGAGAAGGCUCUGCGGGCUUUGUUGGCGAUGGCUCCCGUGUGUUCGGAUCAGUACCGCUCAGACAGCUCUCUGCUGGGCUCUCUGCUCUCUCUCAAACACCAGUACCAGGAAAUGAUCCAGUCAGAAAUGAUUCUAGGAGAGGAGAGUGGCUACUUUGUAGAGAUUGUAGAUCUAAUAGAUGCUCUACAAGUCAAGAUGAAAUGAUGAUAAGUGCACAGUGGCAUUUGACAUUACAGAUGCAGAGAUGAGUGCACAGACUUAUAGACUGCUGGGAUGAAACAACCACUCUUCAAGCACAUAACCAACCACAGAGGGACAAACUCCUCAAGACAAGAGUCCACUCAGUCUUUGCAGAAUGUGGCGAUAUUGUUACACCUAAUGCAAAUUCAGCCAAUUCCCUUGAAUUCUGCAUGACAUUGCAGUUUUGUCCAGUCACCGCAACUUUACUGCAAAGUUGACUAUUUAAAGCGCAGAAGAUCUAAUGUCAUUGUAGAGCUGCAAGCAAUGUAUUGAUUUGCUCAGCCCCUCUCUCUCUGUGUAUCAUGACACUGCUGCUGUAGGACCAGAGCUCUGUGCCUGAGAUAGAGUCACACACACAGUGACAGGGCUAACUGUUAGCAUCACACGGCUAGCUGUUAGCAUCACACCACUAAUGUUACCUAAUGGUCAUUAACAGGUGUGAGAUACUGUUUUGCAAUUUUCACUUGCACUGGCAAUUGUAUUGCGAACAAACGCCUAUAAAAAUCUCACCAUGUGUUGCCAAUUUUUAGAAAGGCUGCUGUGAUACAAGGAAUUUAAGUCCACAACAAUCCCAAAAAAAGCUGGCAAAAUCCUUGACAGACUUUCUGCUGCAUGCAGCUCAAAGAUUGGGGACGUGCCUUUGAGGACACAAAUGUUGGGCUGACCCUCAUUGGUUUGUCAGUAUGAACAUAAGAAAAUUAAGAUUUUGUCAGUGGCCUUGGAUUGUUUUUGGAUGAGGAUGGGGUUUACUUUGUGUUCAUAUUUUAAGAAUAAAUAUUUAUUUAUGUGA